CUGGAGGACGGAGCAGGAUUCAUCACACCCGAUUGGAGAAUGGGCUAAGAACAGAUUGCAGGCUGGGCCACACAUCCAUCAGUUCUGUUUCGUUUGCUUGCAGCCGUCGAAUCUGUUUAUCUAGAGGUCAUCGAGCGCCGUCAACAGCUGGCUGUUGGUUAUCUUGCAGACGCGUUCAAAUCGUCAGCAUCCGUGACCGCGUCGGGAUUCACCCUCCUUCGUGUCAACCAAGUAGCUCCACCUCUAGCCGUCCGGCGGCCGCCACGGCCUGUAGAGCCCCAUUAGUUUCUCGAAUCAAACGCUGGGUCCUACCUUGGAGGCUCAGAAUGGCGCCCAAGAAGCAGAAGCAAAAGGAGGCUGAGAAACCCGAAGUCUCAAUUGACCCAAACUCAUCCUUCACCCCUGAGAGUUUCGAACGAGAGCUCAAGGCUCUCGCGGCCAAGGCCAAGGAUGAGACAUGGACCAAGACGGCGCGGGAGCAGGCUGAAGCCUUUCUUCCGGCUCUGGCUCUGAUAUCCCUCGCCGCCGCCUUCGCCAAUGCCUCCCAACUGGCCAUGUCGCCCGUUUACGGCUCUAUUCCUGCCGCGCGGUACCACGACCGCCUCGUCAUGGCGGCCUGCUUCACCGGAUGGUCCACAAACCUGAUUCUCGGUCGCUUCUUGCCAGUGAAGCCCAUUUACCUGCUGCCCGUAUUAGCCCUGUACGUGCCGGCCACGCAAUUUCUUCUCUUCAAGCUCAGCGGGCGCCUCACGGCUUAUUGGGGACCCUUGGCCACGGAGCUGCUCACGCUCUUCCCCGUCGUCGUCGGCUCGGUCGCGUGCUCUGCCACGUAUCUGGAGCGCGCCGAGUUCAGCUGGCUGCCGCGCUGGCUGGGCGACGCGGCCCCUGGUAUAGGAUCCUGGGGCGUCUAUCGGCUCGCGGAACGGCUGUCUCAGAACGCCAUUCAGUCGUACAUCGGCAAGAGCAUCCUUGUCACGCGCGUGGCUCUGCAAUUCGUGCUGGGUCUGCUCUAUGCGGCAUUCGCGCCUUCAAAGCUACUGCUAUACGCCAUCCCGGGUCUGCUGCACACAGCCUUGCUGAACCCACAUGUCGCAACGCCGCACGCGCUACAGCUCCUCAACAGCGCACUACAGGCGCAGCAUGGCUGGACCGUACUCGACCAGCGCGAGUCUCUAACGGGAUAUGUCUCUGUCAUAGAGAACGACGACAUGGGACUCCGUGUCAUGCGCUGCGACCACAGCCUACUGGGUGGUGAGUGGAUUAAGUACAGGCGCAGCAUUUCGGAGCCCAUAUACGGCAUCUUUGCCAUGCUUGAAGCUGUCAGGCUUGUCGGGGCCAAGCAGCAAGUCCCAGACAAAGAUGCCAAGGCUUUGGUCAUUGGCAUGGGCGUUGGCACGACUCCCUCGGCUCUCGUUUCACACGGUAUCGACACUACGAUUGUAGAGAUCGAUCAAGCCGUAUAUGAUUUUGCUAUCAAAUACUUCAACGUUCCUACCCGCCACACUCCGGUCAUCCAGGAUGCGGUGGCCUACGCGAGGAAACUGGCCAACACCUCGAGCGAACAGUUCAAUUACAUUGUCAACGACGUCUUUACUGGUGGCGCCGAGCCUAUAGAGCUGUUUACGCUGGAGUUUCUGCAGGAUCUGCACACCCUACUCGCUCCCCAAGGCGUCAUUGCAAUUAACUACGCCGGCGACUCGAGCCUGCCCCCGCCAAAGAUCGUCCUCAAUACGAUCAAGAGCGUGUUCCCGUCAUGCCGCAUCUACCGCGAGCACCCACGUAACGACACCGAGGUAGCGCAGACAGGGGUCGACUUCGCAAACAUGGUCUUUUUCUGCCAGAAGUCCGAGGGCAGGAUAACAUUCCGGAACCCGACCCAGCAGGAUACACUCGGCAGUAUAGCGCGGGAUUCAUACCUCCUUCCUAAGCACGAGGUGCUUGAGUCGGACUUCCUCGCAUCCGAGGAGUCGAUCCUGGCGCGCAACUCGACCGACCAGCUGGUGAAGUGGCACGAGAAGAGCGCGCUGGGCCAUUGGGAGAUUAUGCGGACCGUCAUCCCGGGGCCUGUAUGGGAGGCCUGGUGAUAAAAUGCUGUGUUAAGCGUAUGUACGUAGAGGAUUCGCGGGGUGUAUCUUUCGUUCGCCGCAACAAGGCAUUGGCAAUCAUGGGUUUCAGCCCUCAGAAGCGCCAAGUGCGCUCUUUCUUCUUGUAGCUUCUUGGCCUCUUGCUUCUUUUUGUACAUGUAAAGAAUGCAUGCUCGGGGUUGGUAAUUUGGAGCAUUUCAUUCCCUUCUCAUAUGCCCAUCGGUUUUAAAUACCUGCCUAUUACAUGCUUGGGAGCUGAACUACGUUGUGUCACCUCGCCUCAAUCAUCGGAUUCUUUUGCCUUUUCCUUCUUCAGAGGCUCAACUGCU